AUACAAAUUGCUUUUCACGGUCUCUUACGAUCCAGCACUAGACGAAGCAAGACGUGUCCUCAGGAAUAGAUUCUAUCAGCAGAUAUGGCAUCAGCUAAAUCCACUAAAGAUUUUCUGUUGGUAGCUGAAGACUACCUUAGUCGUGGUCAGGUGUAUAGACCGGCAGGAGAGUUUGUCAAGAAACUGGCAUUGUGUCCAAGUUGUUGUGGGGGAAAAAAGGAAGUGGAGCUUUUAUUGGGAGUGGUCAGCCGGAUGGUAGCUCUGGUAAAAUCACAGUCAAACAAGCCUGGACGGCGGAACGUAAAGCCUAACACCGCUUGGCUGAAGGAAACUGCACAGUCACUAGAGACGUACCAGCUGGUCGGCCGUGAUUGGAUAAGUUCUCACGUAUGGAAGCUCCCAUCAUUACCUCCACCCAAACAGCAGGAAUAUGAUCCAACUAGGGGACAGAGGGAUAUCCGAUACCCUAAAGUAGCAGAAUUGUUACAAGCACCGGGGGAGGAUGAAGUCUUGGACUAUGAGGAUUUGGAUGAGGAAAAGUUGUUGGCCUCACCCGUUAACAGUAACAGUACAGCAGGAAGUCCUCGUAGGUCGCCUCGACUCCUGAAAUCUGCCUCUCAUACUCCUGAAAUAAGGAAAGCUCCCACAAGUACGGAGACCAAGCCCAUGGAAGAGGAAACGGUGGUGACUUGUAGUCCAACCGCGGAUCGCCCUACAGAGGCCCAGCCCAUGGAAGUUGACGGCACGGUUGUGACUGGUAGUCCACCCAAGGACCGUACUUCUGAAUUGCAGGACAAAACAGCGGUGAGGGCUUGUAGCUCCACCCUGGAUGUUUCAAGAAUGUCAACUCUCCAGAAAGAGAAAGUGCAAGUGGCAAGUUCAGAAGGGGCUUCUAGCUCUUCUGAGGACCGGUCUCGAUUCCAGUCGGCGGGUGCGCGUCCGAAGACUUAUAGUCGUCGCGAUGUGGAGGAGCCCGUUCGCCAUGUACCGAUGAAGAACCCGGAGUACUCUGUACGGACAUCAAUCCAGACAGGUGCAAGGUCAGAAGGGGCUUAUAGCUCUUCUGAGGAUCGGCCUCAUCGGGUCCAGUGGGCGGACUCACGUCCGAAGGUUUAUAGUCAUCGGGAUGGGCUUUUAGGUAAACCAGUUACGCUGGAUGAGUUGGUGGCGUUUGUUGUGGUGCAGAAGAUGCUUAGCACAUUGGACAACACAUCAAUCUCGGAGCGGCAGGAGGCAGCUAUGAAGGAGUUUUGUAAAUUCCUUCAUGAGCCUAUUCCAGAGAAAGUUACCUUGGUACCGUGCAACUCUGUUGGUGCGCUACUGCACUGGAAGGUCUUGUUACUCCUUGCAGCUAGUUUAUCAGAGGAAGAGAGGGCCUAUUGGGUACUUAACUUCCAGGCCCCUGAAGAUGCACAGCCGGUUGCCGAGGCCAUACCAAUCCAGCCUAAGUAUCCUGAAGCGUUUGACGCCCAUUUCCACCUUGACAGGACACUGCACAGGUUACAGCUUCAGCAAGGGGGAAUGCAGGACAUGAUGGAUGCAGUUCCGGUAGAGGAGAGUAGGCGAACAUCCCUUGUAGGGGGCGUCUCUAUCUACUGUGACCCAGAAACCUACCCGACGGAUCAGCACCUGCGUGAUUUGCCUAAUUCGACUGUCUAUAUCAUCAUCUGA